UCGCUCCAGUCGCUUCUUGCCGACAUCGUCGCUCGUUUCAAUCCGAACUCGCUUCCGCUUUGCUUUUGAUGCACUCGGUCCAGUCUGGGGCCGCCGCUUUCUAGAGAUUUUCUCGGGUUCUUCCCAGGGCCCGCGCAGCUCCACAGAAGACCUAAGCCGGGGAGCUGACCACCAUCGCCGCAACGAUCAAUGACAGCAGGCAAACCGCCCAUGAUAUACCGUAGCUAAGCCCCUGUGAUGACCUGAUCGGCCCGCCAAUCCUUCGAGUCGAUGACAUGACCGUGACUUCUACACUUACUGCGUAGAGAUACCAACAACAAUUGCGCUGGCGCAACCUAAUCACCACCAUUUCCAAAUCUUGACAAGCGACGCCAUGAACCUCAGAACCCUUGGACAAGCAACAGCAUGAGGAGCUUUACCAGGAGCACGGCCGACGAGGGAGGCGCCAGUGUCGAUAAUGCUUCGUUCGAAAAGGGCCUCAGCAUCUUCAGUAAAACCGGCAUCUUGGCCCCUUUGCGCAAGACCGCGACAUCGGCGACAACGGUGACCAGGACUAUCAAGGCCUCAACACAACAGCUGUAUCGGAGAUACGUCCUCGAGCUCAUAUUUCAAGAAAAGGAACUGCCGCCUUCAAAAGACGGCCGACAUAUCCCAUUACGACCCCAUCAUGACAAACCCCUGAUCGACGAACGGCGAGGGAGCGCAUAUAUACCAAACACGAUUCGGACAUCCCGCUACACCGUCUACGAUUUCCUCCCGAAGCAGUUAUUCUUCCAGUUCUCGCGCCUGGCCAACUUCUACUUCCUUUGCGUCGGUGUUCCUCAAACCAUUCCGGGCGUCAGUACAACCGGAAACUUCACAACCAUCAUUCCCCUAUUAUUCUUUGUAUUUCUUACUGUUGUCAAGGAGGGAUACGAUGACUGGAAACGCCAUCGGCUCGACAAGGUGGAAAAUGCAAGAAGCGCGACCGUCCUCCGACCCACAGGCCACGUUGACAGCCGACAGGACUGGCGGACUGGGUUUGGAUUACGAAGAACACAGGACAAUAAAACAGUGGCGGUUGAAGACGUUAUCCCCGACUCGGAAUAUCAAUGGCAUGCCGCGCAAUGGAAGGAUUUGAAAGUCGGCGAUGUCAUCAAGCUCUCCCGCGACGAGGAUGUUCCCGCAGAUAUCGUGCUGCUGUACGCCGACGGCGAAAAUUCCAUGGCCUACAUCGAGACAAUGGCCCUCGACGGAGAGACGAAUCUGAAGAACAAGCAGGUAUCCAAGGCGUUGCAGCGUUGCAACACCAUACAAGGCAUUGCCAGUUGCCAGGCCGAGUUCGUGGUGGAGGAUCCCAAUCCGGACCUCUAUCGAUUUGACGGAAGAGUAACCGUGGACGGUGAAACGUUGCCGUUGACUUUGAAUGAAGUGGUGUACAGAGGCUGCACGCUACGCAACACAACAUGCGCGAUCGGUAUGGUCAUCAAUACGGGAGAAGAGUGCAAACUCCGACGAAACGCCAACCGGCACCCCAAAGCAAAGAAGCCGGCCAUGGAGAAAAUUGCCAACAGGAUUGUCAUCAGCCUUGUUGUUGUGGUCAUCUCCCUUUCCGUCGGUUGCUCCAUGGGCUAUUUGAUCUGGAAAAAUGCUUAUGAGCGCAAGGCAUGGUACUUGAAGCACCUGGGAGUCGACUUUGAGGAUAUCAUUAUCGGAUUUUUCAUCCAGUUCAACAAUAUCAUUCCUUUGGCGCUAUACGUUAGCUUGGAGAUUGUCAAAAUUGGGCAGAUGUUAAUGCUCAAUUCCGACCUGGAGAUGUACGACAAAGUAACCGACACGCCAGCCAAGUGCAACACCAACACCAUUCUCGAGAAUUUAGGGCAGAUCGGUUACGUCUUUUCGGACAAGACAGGGACUUUGACUGAGAAUGUCAUGAAGUUCCGAAAGAUGAGCAUCGCCGGAACGACAUGGUUGCAUGAGAUGGAUAUUGUGAAGGAGCAGGAAGAACAAGGGCUCACCCAAACGAAAACGAAGGGCAAAGAGCUCAACCUUAUGUUGGAACCGACUUUUGAAAACGACAACGCAUUGACAAAGACAACAACCGCUGUGUCAGUUCAUUCACCUAACCCGCGCCGGUCAUCUUCACAAUGGCGGUCGACUGGUCGGCCUGACCAUGUCCAGCCAGAGGUCACGACUGAGGAUUUACUUGAGUACAUAAGGCUGCGCCCAAAGGCUCCGUUCUCGAGGAAGGCAAUUCAGUAUCUUCUUGCUAUGGCCCUCUGCCACACCUGCUUGCCAGAAAUCAGAGACGGGGAGAUUGAGUUCCAGGCCGCUUCACCCGAUGAGCUUGCUCUUGUCAAAGCCGCUCAAGAGCUUGGGUUUCUCGUGGUUCAACGGUCCUCCCAGUCCGUCACGCUCCGUAUAUCGCGCGGUGAUGGCACUGAAUUGGAGCGCACCUAUCAAAUCCUCGACGUGAUAGAGUUCAGCAGCAAGCGAAAGCGCAUGUCCAUUAUCGUGCGAUGUCCCGAUGAAAGGAUAUGGUUGAUUACCAAGGGCGCCGACUCCGUCAUUCUUCCAAGGCUGAGGAUGGCACAGUUGGCAAUACAAAAGGCUAACGAAGUGCGCAAGAGCUUGGAGGUUGAGCAUGAAAUGCAACGCAGGAGUGAAGCUCGAGAACCACGUAACAGUUUUGGCGGCCGGCCCAGCCUUACAAUCCGCCGCAGCAUCAACCUUGCCAGACAGAACAGCGUUGCUGGACCUAGCAAGCGCCCAAUCACCAAUCGUAGUAAGUCGUUUGAGGUGGGUAGAAUGUCCCUGUCUGCACCAGAAAAUCGCCUCAGGCCCCAGGUUACCGUUCGCACAGCAUCCUAUGAUGUGCCUUACGAGGACGCUGUAGCGGCGUCAGUGUCAGACAAGUUUGCAUUCCUUGACGAUCCUUCCGUGUGCGAUGAGGGUGCUAUCUUCACUCGAUGCUUCAAGCACAUUGAUGAUUUUGCAACCGAGGGCCUCCGAACACUUCUAUUCGCUCAACGGUUCUUGUCCGAGUCUGAGUACAACACAUGGAAGAAGCUUUACCGCGACGCAGAGACGAGUCUUGUCGAUCGUCAAGAGCGCAUCGAAGCGGCCGGUGAAUUGAUCGAACAGACCCUGGACCUCAUCGGUGCCACGGCAAUCGAAGACAAACUCCAGAAGGGUGUCCCAGAGACAAUUGAGCGUCUCCGACGAGCUAACAUCAAAAUAUGGAUGCUCACUGGCGACAAGCGUGAAACGGCCAUCAACAUCGCCCACUCGGCUCGGCUUUGUCGUCCUACUUCCGACAUAUAUAUCCUCGACGCCACCAAAGGAAACUUGGAAGGUCAAAUCAUGGACAUUGUCGACGAGCUAAACAUCCGGGCCGAAACCAUGCCUACUGCGAUUCCCAACCACACCGUAGUAGUGAUCGACGGUCACACUUUGGCUGCUUUGGAAGAACCGGCAACACACGGGAAUGCCAAAGAACUCUUUUACAGCCUCAUCCCGACGAUUGACUCGGUCAUCUGCUGUCGUGCCUCCCCCGCCCAGAAAGCCUUGCUCGUUACCGCCAUCCGUAACCACUCCCAUCAACCGAGCACCAUCAAAAAGAAGGGCUUCCUCGCCUAUCUGAUCACACCUAAACGAACACCACCACUUACUCUCGCCAUCGGCGAUGGUGCCAAUGAUCUGGCGAUGCUCUCAGCUGCCCACGUCGGCGUAGGCAUCUCGGGCCGGGAAGGUCUGCAAGCCGCGCGAGUUGCUGAUUACGCCGUGUCACAGUUCCGCUUCCUCUCCCGCCUCCUGUUAGUACACGGGAGAUGGAACUACGCUCGCACAUCCAAGUUCAUUGUUGCCACGUUCUGGAAGGAGAUGUUCUUCUAUCUGCCUACCGAGCUGUACCAGCGCUACACUGGAUAUACAGGCACCAGUCUUUACGAAUCGUGGAGUUUGACGGUGCUGAACACGCUUUUCACAAGUCUGUGCGUGAUCGUCCCCGGAGUGUGGGAACAGGACCUGAGCGCAGAAACGCUAAUGGCCGUGCCAGAACUGUAUGUCUGGGGCCAGAGGGACGGCGGGUUGAAUCUGCGGAAGUAUCUGGGAUGGAUGGUGGCGGCUGUUGCACAGGGUGUGGUGGUCUGGUGGGUGUGUUGGGGUCUCUACGGUGGGAUUGCGGUGAAGGAUAAUGGUCUGUUUGCCGUGGGCAAUUUGGUCUUUACCGUCGCCAUUGUCUGGACCAACUUGAAAUUGCUCAUCAUUGACACACACCACAAGACCGGCAUAAUCCUUGGCGCAUUCGGUAUUACCUUUGCAGGCUGGUGGAUCUGGCAGAUCUUCCUCGCCAGCGCCUACGCCCCGGGUGUCUGGCCUUACGCAGUCCGCGGUGGAUUCUUUUCCUCGUUCGGCCCUGAUCCAGCCUGGUGGGUUGCUCUUUUUGCGGCCGUCGGCCUGCUCACCGCUGUUGAACUCGGCUAUAAAUCCACCAAGCGGAAUAUGAUUAUAUCCGGACUAUGGAGGCUGGGAUGGAGGAAAUGGAUGCAGUGGGAGACAUGGAAGGGACUCCUUGCACUCGGGAGAGGAGGAGGAGCGAGGGGAGCAGGGCCCAUGUGGGCUUGGGAUGAAGCAGGUGGUGAGGGAAGGAACGUGGAGGAGUGGGAUGUGGAACUUUGGCAGGCUCUGGAGCGGGAGCAAACCGUUAGAGAGGCUUUGAAGGGGAUGGCUAGGGUUGGGCAUGAGGGCGAUGGGCCUGAACCUGAGGAAAUAUCGAAGGAAGAGGAGGAUAAUGAGAAGAACAGGGUUGAGGAGAGUUCGACGAUAGACAGCGAGGGACAGCAUGAGUCGGCAGUGGUGGAGAGUCUUCAGAUCUCGAAAUAGGUUUUCGAGGUUGGAUGCUCUCUGCUUGUCUGGAUUGUGGAAGGCAGUGAGUGUAAGUGGGGAAUAGUUUGGUCUUUGGAUUGCUUCUCUUGGAUACAUACGCAUCGAGAUACCCUUUCGUACAUGACAUUAUAGAUUUCAUAUCUUUCAUAGAUGAUAUUUGGAACACCAACUGCCCAACAUCGUGGAACAUGGUGGGCAUUGACGGCGAUGGGACUCGGGCCGACGGUCAUCCACCUAUCAAUCUCCCUUGGUGAUGGCUGACCAACAGUCACGCGAAUACCAGGCACUAGGCACAACGAACCAACUCAAAGCCUGGUUCCCAGUUUCUACGGUACAUAAGACAUGGGAACCGUGGGAUUUGUGUACUUGUGCCUGUGCCUGUGUCUGAGCACCUAUGACUGCGACCGCAACGGUGACUCUUGAGUAAUCGGGCACAGAGAAAGUUGUCCUUGAA